GCUAACAGAGGCUAACAGCAGCCAACAGAGUGUAACAGCAGCUAACAGAGGCUAACAGCAGCCAACAGAGUGUAACAGCAGCUAACAGAGGCUAACAGCAGCCAACAGAGUGUAACAGCACAACAGAGUGUAACAGCAGCUAACAGAGGCUAACAGCAGCCAACAGAGUGUAACAGCAGCUAACAGAGGCUAACAGCAGCCAACAGAGUGUAACAGCAGCUAACAGAGGCUAACAGCAGCCAACAGAGUGUAACAGCAGCUAACAGAGGCUAACAGCAGCCAAAAGAGUGUAACAGCAGCUACUAGUGGCGAAAACAGCAGCUUUUAAGAAGAAAAGUUAACUAUAUCCUCAAAAACUCACCGCAAUAGUGAGCUUGUCUCAUGUCCUUUCCUGAGUAAAUGAAGGCAGAUGCUGCACAACCAGCACCAACAGCAGAGUGACAGCAUUCCACAAACAGGGAAAAACUCAGGGUUUGGUCCAAACAGUAGUAGAAACAAGCCAGCUGGCCUUGGCCUUCAUGGGGUACAAACCAGAUUUAUUGUUUCUGAUCUAUCUUGGCUGUCUAAAACAUGUUUGUCCUAUAGCCUCCACCCAGCUAGGAUUAUGCACCUAAACUGGUUGGAGUAAGAAAACGGUUCACUGCAAUCUGCAGUCUACUGACAUCAGGCUGUGAGAUUCUACACACUGUAACUGCUGGUAACUUUUUCAUGAUUUUACUCUAACUGGAAACUAGGAGCAGACUCAGACAUCAAGAUACAAGAAAAAACAUAUUUAUUUACAAAGUGAAGCAAUGAGGAAGAAGUGAGCGAGCCUGGGAGAGUGACUCUGCCAAAGAGAAAGGAAGGACCAUCAAACUCGCCCCAGAACCCGGCAUGUUUUUAGGGUUGUCUUAUUCUAUAUGAAUGAACAAAUAGUUCUUCUACAUUCACAUUUGUCCAGGUUUAAUAAGGUGUUGUCUGUGCUUUCUAUAGAUUGUUGCUUUUGACAGCAGGUUGUUUCUGUUUCCAGCUGUAAAUCUGUCUUACAGAUAUGAAAAUGCAAACAUAACUGUCAAAAAAGACAAAAUCACUUUUCAUAAUGUGAAACUUUUGUUUUGAAUUUGCCACUGUUAGGGUUUAAAUGAAACUGUGAACAGAUGUGUUACUGUGAUGUCUUCAUGGAGUCAUGUAACUGUUAUGGGUGAAAAGGCAGACCUGUGGAAAUGCACUCUGCAUGAUGCACUCUUUUUCAGCCUUCUGAUUGGUUGCUUUGUGCCACACUUCCUGCCCUAGAACAGCUGAAGUGCUGUAUGUAAGGAAACGAGCAGCGGAUGAUGAAAUAGAGGUGAGAUGGAAAUUUAAGCAGCCAGAUGAAGACAUGGGCAGCACUGAGCCUUCAGAGAGCUCGGUGAUGAUCAAUGAAGAUCCAGAGAAUGAAGAUGAGCAGGAGCUUCCAGAGCUGAGGAUCGUCCUGUUCGGGAGGACGACGGUUGGGAAAAGUACGCUAGGAGGCAUCAUCCUGGGGGACAGUGCUGCAUUCACGUUGAGCGAUCCUCAUGGAGAGCGCACAAAGACCUGCCACGUGGAAAGAAAGACAGACUCUGACAGUCACAGCGUGGUUGUUGUGGACACUCCGGGUCUGUUUAAAAUGGGAUCAAGUGAAGAGGACGUGGUGAAAGAGAUCAAGUGGGCCACUGAAAACGUUGAACCUGGUCCUCAUGUGUUCCUGUUGGUGGAAAGGCUCAAAAUCAUCACAUCUGAAGAGUUAAAAGCACUGCAGGUUUUUGAACGCACUUUUGGCAAACGUGCAGUGGCCUACGUUACGGUGGUGUUCACCCACAACAACGAUCCGCGAGGGAACGAAGCUGACAUAAAAGAGGGCAUGAAAGACAAUGAGCACCUCAGGGAACUGAUUGAACGGUGCCAGUGGAGAUAUUUUAUUUUUAACAUUGCUGACAGGAGCCCUGUUCAAGUCACCCAGCUGCUGGAGAAGAUAACUCAGGAGAGACAAGAUUACUCGGACUUCUUCUACACGCCUCAGAUGCUCCAGGCGGCUGAAAAAGCUGCGAACGAGGAGCGAAGCAAAGACGACCGCAGGAGGAAAGCAUCAGAAAACAGACUGGCUAUUCUUGAGAAGAGCGGAUUGUUGGGAAUAUUUCUCGGGAGUGUUGUUGGGUAUUUUAGCUGUGGUGGUGAGCUGACACCUACAUCAGGAGCUCUACUGGGAGCUUUACUGGGUAUGAUACUGAUAAUGGGAAUGACAUUUUCAGGGAUCUGUGUAUUCGAGAAAUACCAUAAAAAGUGACUUUUCACUCAUCUGCAGGGAAUCCUGAGCUGGAAACUUUCUAAAGUUACUUAUAGCAUCAACACAGUGUGACACACUGACACAGCAUCUGUGAGAGAGGGCUGAUGCUGCUCUAUCUAAAGUCCUGUAAAGACAUGGGCGCAGGCCAAAGGGAAUAUAAAAACCAUCCACUGACAAGACACUGCCCCCUGUUGGUAAAACAAGCCACAACAUGCUGCAUGGCCAAAAGCAGCAUCUCACAGAAGAACGCAAACAAGUCGACACAUGUUAGUCUGUUAAUCUACAGAACCAGUCAGACCUCUGAACAGCGGAUCAGGACAAAACUGCUCAAAGAAACAACCUGCAUACAAGCACAACAUGCAGUGAAAUGUGACCUGAUGCGCUCCUGUGCAGAAACAGAGAACAUUAUAGUAAAUACAUGCAAAGAGGACAUUAUGUGCAGUAAGCGAGUGAAUUAUAUACAUCAAGUAAAUUCAAUAGAAUAAAACAAUCUGGAAAUUUGCAGUUCGAAAUUCGAGAAUGUACAUUGUGAGAGUGGGGUGUGAAAGUGAAGCCAGAUCAGGAUGUGAUAACAAUGAGUCCUGUCUCAGUCACUUAUGGUUGAUGGAGCUUGGGGGGGGGGGGCAAAGAUUGGGGGGGGCUCCUCUUGAGCCUCUCUGUUCUAGCCUGCAUGGUGCCUGAUUACAGAAGCUGGGACAGUUUAUUGCUGGAUGGGUCCUUCCAUAUCUGAGCGGCUCUGGUUCAGCAUCUUCUGAUUUAAAUGUCGUGUAGAGGGAAAGCGUUCUGCCGUAUGGAGCAGUCUACGAAGAGCUUUUUUAUCCUUGACACAGCUGGUCUGUGUGAGGAUGCUCUCCACAGCGCCUGUAAAGAAAGUCCUGAGGAUCUCUGGAGAGACCCUGAGCUUCUUCAGUUGUCGUAGGUGGUACAGGCGCUGCCUGGCCUUUCUGGACUGCACCUGGAUGUGGGCAGACCAUGUCAGGUCUGAGGAGAUGUGGACACCGAGAUACUUGAUGGAUUAAAACAAUGAUCGGCACACAAACUGGUCACACGCUGCCUCCUUGUGGUAACAAUUUUCAUUACAUGUCAUUACAAACGUGCCUCUGACCAAGUCUGUCCAUUCAUCCAUUCAUUCUCUUCUGCUUAUCCAACAAUCCUCACCUUAAUUAUAUCUUCCUCUUAAAUGUUGUAUCCUUGUCUUAUUUAUACCCCUGCUAGCUUGCAUUGUUUUUCUACAUAUACACAAUAUUUUUAACUUCUGUUGUUUUGUGUCACUGGGACCUAAAUACUUCAUCUGUUCCUGUUCUUAUACCUCACGUGUUGGAACAGCAAAGCCCAAAGAUCCAAGUUACCCAAAGAAGACAGGAAGAACUGACAGCACGAUGCAUACAAACCAGGACUAUGAAGCCAAGUGUAGGAACCAUUUUGUGAUGUUACCUUAUGUGUGAAACUUUUUGUGUUUUUACAGUAUGGUGUGUUUAUGUGACUGUAUUUAAGGUAGACACACGUAGUUAAUGUCAGGUGUUGUUGGUCAGACGGAGCAAACGGUUUGUGAUUUAUGUUACGUGAUGUUGGAUACUGUUGAACAACAAAUACAGGAAUGUAUUAAAGAUGUUAAACAGACAGGAUGAGUAGAGUUUCACUGAUAACAGUGGCACCGCGUCACCCCAACCAUCGAACACCUCCGUGGAUUCAAGCGUCGGCUGAGCCUCUACACCAGGAAUAUGAACAGACAUAAAACUGGGACGACAAACUCACAACACAAAACACUAUAAAAAGUAAUAAAAUCAAAGACGGGAAAAACAAACAGCACAAUAACGACUAACAAAUAGAACUAGAAAGACCAAAAACUCAAAGUGCAGGCUCCAAAACCCAGGAGGAGCUGCCUGGAUGUGUGCAGAAAGAUUCGACCUCAGAACCAAAAGCACAAAUCAAAGUACAGGUACGUGCACUCAGAGUGAGCUCAGCGUGUGCAGGGUAUCGCUUUCUGUUGUCUGGAUUCACUUAUCCUAACCGGAGAUCAGGACAACCAGUUAUCAGAUGGUAAAGUUUCACACGAGAGACCAAUGACGCUGAUGACUGUGCCGUCAGCAGAGCAGCUGAUUGUUCACAGAAAGAAUAAACAAAACAUCAGAAAAACAUGAUGUCGUCACACAGUUUGGUCAUAAAGACUGGAGAAGAGCGGCUGUGUUAAUAAAGUUUAGCCUGUUUGAAACCUGGGAGGAGAGCCGAGGAGGAGAUUAUGGCGAAAUCGUGCUUCGUAGCUGCGGAGCUCUCUGACAUCACAUGGCCUGCAGAAGCAAACACAUGCAAUGACGUGUGCAUUUACAGUGACGCAGCAACACUAACAGCGCCAAACAGACGGACGACCUGAACUCAAAGACAAAAGAUGACAAACUGACCCAGGAACCAUUAUAUGCAUUUCACUCAGCACCAGUCCAGACCAGCUUCACCAGUAACAGCAACGUGUGCAAAUAAAAGACAACAGCAGGUGAAAGUCUUUCACACACACAGGUUACAAAGAAGCCUUCGUUUCUUUCAAAUAUAUGCAAACAAUUGCAGAAAUCAUCAUAUGAACAACUAUGUGAUUAAAUUCUCUGAUGAUAAAGCAGUUUUUUAACGUAAGAUUCAGAUGUUGCUACAAAUCAGCAACAUCUGAAUCUGUUGUCUGGUGUCCCUCGCCUGAAGCUCUCUGUGAGAGCUGCUGUUACACUCGUUCCUGCACGCCUUCCUCUAAGUCUGCACAAACACCUUUUCUAUUAUUUUGAGUGCUCAGUAUGCAAUCAACUAUUAAAGUGAUCUAAAAUCAGUGCAGUCCCCGUGCCAUUUGCCAGCACAGCUUUUGUAAACCAAACUUUUCCAGCUCUCACACUCUGCUGAGGUGGUUUGGGCCUCUGACGGAGAUGCCUCCUCGGCACCUCCGGAGUGUUCCAAGCAUGUCCCAGUGGAAGGACUGGGCAGACCCAGGACACUCUGGACCGAUUACAUCUCCCAGCCAGCCUGGGAACGCUGUAGUGUUGCCCUGGAUAAGCCUGAGGAGCUGGCUGGGGAGAGGGAGGUCUGGCCCCGG